UUUCAACACUCGACGACAUCAUGAUCUACCAACGAUUAUGAGCAACAUGUGCAUUUUUCGAUAGCUUCUGCCUCCGGGUCUCUUCUUACGCCAUGGGUCAACAACAAACUGCUCCCCAGCAGCAACCUGUCAUCUCCCACGGCUCCUCCCUUUCCUUCGCCCAAGGCUUCGUCCUCGGCCAGAUAUCCAUUGCCCUCCUGAUCUUCUUCUUCAUCAAAUUCUUCAUCUUCGGCGAACCCCCCUCCGCCGACGACCGAGCCCUGCACCUCUCCUCCCUCCGCCGCGCCCGCACCCUCGCCCACCAAGCCUCGUUCCAGAACCGCGCCCGCUCAAGCUCCAUAUCCGCUUCCUCUACCCAUAACCCCCUCCGCCACAAGGACUCGAGCAGCGUCAUUCGCUCCGCUGCAGGUAGCGGUCGCGCACCUAGCAUCUCGCAGAUCCUGGCAAAGACCUACUACAACGUGAAGGGCCACCAACCCGAAUCGUUAGACUGGUUCAAUGUCCUCGUGGCGCAGACCAUUGCUCAACUCCGCGAAGACGCGCGGCGGGACGGCGCGGUGUUGACGUCUCUGACCGAGCUGCUCAAUGGGGGAAGCAAGCCGGACUGGAUUGGCGAGAUUCGGGUCACGGAGAUCGCGCUGGGCGACGAAUUCCCCAUCUUCAGCAAUUGCCGCGUUAUGCCUGCCGAAGACGGGUUUGCAAUUGGCGGCGCAGGCGCAGGAGGGGGAAGCAGUGGAGGCGGGAUGAUGGAGGAGGGAACGCGGUUGCAGGCGAGGAUGGAUGUGGACCUGAGUGAUGUGAUUACUCUGGGUGUGGAGACGACGCUGGUGCUCAAUUACCCGAAACCUAGGACGGCGGUGCUGCCCGUGGCAUUGGCGGUGAGUAUCAUCCGGUUCUCGGGCACGCUGGCUGUGUCGUUUAUUCCCAGUUCGUCGCCGCCGUCGAGUUCGCAUGGGAGCGGUGGUAGUGGCACGACACAGGGGCAUCCAAGUCAAAACCAGAAUCAAGUCCCCAACAAUGGUAGAACUACAAGAGCACAACCUCCCUCCUCUUCCUCAACGCCUCCUCCCCCUCCCCAUCCCCACCGCCCGACAUCCCUAGCAUUCACCUUCCUGGACGACUACCGUCUCGACCUCUCCGUCCGCUCCCUCGUCGGCUCCCGCUCCCGCCUCCAAGACGUCCCCAAGAUUGCCCAACUCAUCGAAUCACGACUGCACGCCUGGUUCGACGAGCGCGUCGUGGAACCACGCUUCCAGCAGAUUGCGCUGCCGAGUCUGUGGCCGAGGAAGAAGAACACGAGAGGUGGGGAGGAGGAGCAGGAGGGAAACGGGGAGGGAGAUGAGGCUGGAAAGAUGGACGAGAGGGAAAGGGAGAGAGAGGUGAGGGCUAGUCUGGCGAAUCCCUUGUCGCCGGAUCAAGGCGUUGGACAACAGACGUCAGGGACAACGACACCUGCCUCAAGAACCGCUACAGCAGCGGCGGCAACUUCUCUAGAAGCCCGUCUCGAAGCCGAAGGUGCCAAGAUUCGCGAAGCCGAAAUCAAGGCGGGUGAAAGGCGCAAUGGGGCUCGGGAAACCAGUCGGGAGAAUUAUCACGGUAGCAGUAGCAGUAGCAGAGAGGCAUCUGGGAUGCGCUGGCGGGGGGAGAGAGGCGCAGAGGGGAGUAGAGAGCAACAGCAGAGGAUGGGGAGGCCUCCGUUCUCGUCGAUGAAUAGUUGGGAGGGGAGCGGGCAGAGGGGGAUGCCGGGGGCGAUGCCUAGUGGGUAGCUAGUUGACAUGGACAUGGAACAAGGGAGUGUAACAGCAAGCGGGCGUUUAUCACUGCUUAUUAGAGACAUGGUCCCAUUUAGAAAUACGGCAGCAGAGCAUAUAGCAUAUAGCAUACAGCGCAAGAAGCGCAGCAUAACCUCAUGAAAUCAAGCAACAUAUGACUG